AAAUAAUUAUGGGAAAUAAUCUUUGCUAUUAAACUGGAGAGAGAUCUUCAUAGUUUCCUUAAUUGUUACUAAAAUAAGAUAUUGGAGACUGCGAAAUUGCUUUAACAGCAGGUCCAGUUGAAAAUGAAGAUGUUGAAUGUUUAGUGAUUCCGACUGAUUCUGGAUACACUAAUCUAAAACAAAGCGAUAGGCCAAAUUUUAAAUAAAUAAAUGAAAAAUGUGUUUUUGUGGCUGGUGGUAAAAGUAUAAAAUUCAUUUAUAAAAAAAAGAACGCAAAAGCUAGAUAUUGGCAAUCGUCAUGGAUAAGAAUUAUUUAUUAAAAAAUGAUGAUGGAGAAGAUGAAAAAUAGACUAUUUAUGCAACAGUUUAAGAGGCUCUAAAAUUGGUAAGAGUUUCAGAUCUAACUUAAGGCUGAAUAAAAGCAAAUUAGAUCUGUCGGAUUUCCAGUUUUUGAAUCUAAAGAUCAUACCACAUCAGCCACAAUUAUGUUGAUGGCUAUAAAACUCAGUCUAACAGAGCAAAAAAUUAAAUCUAUAAAGCGAAUAGCAAUUACACUUGAUGUAUGAAUGUUAUAUAAAUAUACAAGCAUAUUGAACAGGUAAGCAGUUUUAAAUGGGUAUUUCAAUAAGUAUUUAGAGGAAGCGAAUAACUAAAACACUCUAGAACCUAUUCAAGUUCAAUCAAUACAUAAAUAGAUUCGAUUUCUAUUGACAAUCUAAAAGCGAAGGUAAAAAGUAAUACAAAGGAAGAAGCUCCUUGAAUUAACCAAAUUCAUAAGUAAC